AUGUCUAUUAUCAAAGUCGCAGUUGCUACAAACUCGCUUGGAAAGUCAGCCGCCGGGCAUACAAUCCAUCGCAAACUACAAGCCGCCAAAACACACGGAUUUGACGGUCUCGAAGUGGCCUUUGAAUGUCUCGAGGCCCAGGCCGCAACGUAUCCUUCGUUGCAGUCAAGAAAGGACCGCCUUCUCGCAGCUGCUGAAGAUAUUUACAAAGCUGCGAAAUCGUUAGGCCUUGAACUGAUCGCCUUGAAUCCGUUCGGGGCGUAUGAUGGUCUCAAAGAUCCUCAUGAUGUUAACAUCCGGUUACAGGAGGCAGAGCUCUGGUGCCAGCUUUGUCAGGUUAUGCACAUCGAUAUUUUGCAGUCAUCGCGAAGAAUAUGCGCACAUUGGGUUCUCCUAACCCAACGUUAUGACCUUCGAGUGGCUUACGAAGCCCCCUCUUGGGGUAUCCACAGCAACACCUGGCAACAGGUCCAGAAGAUUAUUGAUCUCGUCGACCUGCCGAACGUUGGCCACUGUCUAGACACAUUCCAUAUUGCGUCCAAAGAAGCCGGGGAUCCUUUUAGCUCCAUAUCUCCAAUCCGAGCUGAUGGAUACCGAAAUCUCCAGAGUAGCCUCGACGAGCUGAAACGCAUUGUUAAACCAGAAAACAUUGUAUAUUUCCAACUGAGCGACGCGACCGCGGCAAAUCCAGAUCAGGAAGGGUAUCCCCGCCGAGAUAUGAACCAACCACCGUUCAUGACGCAAUCUCGCAAUUGCCGGAUUUAUCCAUGCGAGGAGAGUCGCGGAGGUUGCCUUCCCGUUGUUGAUGUCGCCAAGGCUGUAUUCGAUCUGGGAUACUGCGGGUGGGUGUCAAUGGAGGUCUUUCAUACCGACAUGUGGGAGAAGCGGAAUUCGGUUCCAGAUGACUGGGCAAGAAGGGGAAUGGAAUCUUGGAAAAAGCUAGCACGCCGUUGCGGAUUGAAUUCUAGUAAACUAUAG